CCUCCUGGACCACUUGACCUAGUUUUAUUGCCCUCCUUACAUCUUGUUUCCCACAGGUUCUGGCUUUGUCAUGUGCAGCGGCAAAGAGAAUCCGGACAGUGAUGCUGACUUGGAUGUGGAUGGGGACGACACUCUGGAGUAUGGGAAGCCACAAUACACGGAGGCUGACGUCAUCCCCUGCACAGGCGAGGAGCCUGGUGAAGCCAAGGAGAGAGAGGCGCUCCGGGGUGCAGUCCUAAAUGGUGGCCCUCCCAGCACACGCAUCACCCCUGAGUUCUCUAAAUGGGCCAGUGACGGCCAGAAUAUGAUCUGCCUCUCUGUCCCAGCAGAGAUGCCAUCUACCAGCAACGGUGAGAGCAGUAAGCAGGAAGCCAUGCAGAAGACCUGCAAGAAUAGCGACAUCGAGAAAAUCACCGAAGACUCAGCUGUGACCACGUUUGAGGCCCUGAAGGCUCGGGUCAGGGAACUUGAACGGCAGCUAUCCCGUGGGGACCGUUACAAAUGCCUCAUCUGCAUGGACUCAUACUCGAUGCCUCUAACAUCCAUCCAGUGUUGGCAUGUGCACUGCGAGGAAUGCUGGCUGCGGACCCUGGGUGCCAAGAAACUCUGCCCUCAGUGCAACACCAUCACAGCACCUGGAGACCUGCGGAGAAUCUACUUGUGAGCAAGAUGCCGAGGCAGGCCUGCCCCACCUCUGUGACGUGACCCCCCCAUCCUUUGUACAUACUUGCACACAGGUUCCCCAUGUACAUAAAAACACACACACACAUACACAUAGGACUUGAGCCAGAGUGGAGGCUGAGACCCAGGCCCUACCUACUGACUCCUACCAAGAUUGGGGACCAUACCUGUUCCAAGUUCUGUUGGGGGGUGGGGAGGGGGCCACAGGAAAGUGGUGAUGAGUGGAGUAGUGGGGCAAGGCUCCUGAGAUCCAACCCUCAGACUGACUGACUGACUGACUGACAAGACAUGCAAACAUGAGACGGAAGCACAUGUAAUAUAGACCAUGUAUGUUUACAAUGUUGUGUAUAAAUGGGACAACCCUCACCCUCUGCCCCAUCCUCUCUUCUUUGGUUGUAUGAUUUUCUUUCUUUCUUUUUUUUUUUUUUAAACUCAAAAGCAGUGCCUCCAGGGCUGGCUGGGGGCUCGGCCCAUCCACCUCUUGGGGAGCCUGCCUCUGCCUCUUCUCCCAGUGUCCCUUCCUUCUCCCAUGUGCUCGGUGUUCAGUGGUGUAUAUUUCUUCUCCUAGACAUGGGGCACAUGCCCCAAGGGACAUGAUCCUCUCCUUAGUCUUAGCUCCUGGGGCUCUUUAUAAGGAGUAGGGGAAAGGGGAGGUAUAGGAAGUGGGAACCGAGUUGAAGCAGGGGCUAAGGUUGAAGCUGUAUAGCCUUCUGCCAGAAACUGGUCCUGGGAUUAGAGGUGCUAUUCCCAGGGGAAAGUGUUGUUUCCCCCACCCCUUCUGCGGGCCCCCAGGUGUGAUGCUGUGUCUGUAUAUUCUAUACAAAGGUACUUGUUCUUUCCCUUUGUAAACUACAUUUGACAUGGAUUAAACCAAGAUAAACA